CCUCUCUCAGCUCACAACUCACUCGCCUUCCUCAGAGAAGCACACUCUCUCUCUUUCUCUCUCUCUCUAGAAGAAUGGCUCCUACCUAUACCAGAGACUCUGCCAACACAAUGCUCUCUACUAAAGACAAACAUAAACUAAGGAAACCAGUUGUGGAGAAGAUGCGUAGAGACCGCAUCAACACCUGCAUAGAGCAGCUCAAGACCCUGCUGGAGAGGGAGUUCCACAAACAGGACCCCAAUGCCAAGCUGGAGAAGGCUGACAUCCUGGAGAUGACGGUGGGGUUCCUGAAGCAGCAACUGCAGCCUCAGAGCCCAGUCCGUCAGAGGGCUCACAGUGAGGGCCACUCCCAGUGUUGGAGGGAGACACUACACUUCCUGUCUUCCAGCUCCAUGAAGGACAUGACGCUCCUGAACCUCCGGAGAGCUGGCCAGGACAUCUGUCCCUCCUCUCCACUCUCCUCCCAACACCAAAACCACAGCCAAGGUUCAGUGAAGCAGGCCACCAGUGGCCACGAACCAGUCUGGAGGCCUUGGUAGAACCAUAGCAUAGAGACUCUCUAUGUCACAAACUGGAUGGGUGUUUACCUUAUUUUUUGCUGUAGGAAAUAUAUUUCCAAAUGGUAUAUUGAAAUGAUAUUAUUUUCUUGUUAUAUAUGAAAGGAACUCUACUGAUGUGAUUAUUUGCUCUCAGAGAAGAAGCUGAAAAACAUAUUUGUAUUAAUUCAUAAUGAAGAAUAUGUUUGAUAUUUCACGUGUAUGUUUACGUGUGUAUGUAUUUUGUGCUCACUUGAUGCACCAAUGUGUUCUUUAGUCCUUUCAUUUUCUAUGAAGAUGAUUUGUAAAGGUUAUAUCUUUACGUGUAUGGUUGCUUAGCCAACUGAAAUCUUGCUUUAACUCUAUUGUAUGUACUGUCCUAUUAAAGGAUAUUUACAAAUGCUUUGAUAUGCCUUUUGUAAAGGCUUUUUGGGACAUUGUUGUUCCACCAUAGGCACUGUUGUGCUGUGAAAUGUAUUGUUGACACUGUGUGGCUUUCAUUCUCACUUGAUAAAGUGAACAAACACCUAAAAUGGAUUCCAAUAAAUGUUUUGGAAAGUA